UCCAUAAUCGAGAGAGAGGAGGGUUUAGGGUUUAACGGCAGGAGCGGGAGAGAUGGUUCAAGAUUUAACGGCGAGGGAGGGAGAAAGUUUUUUUCCAGGGGGAGCGGCAUAUAGUGGGAUUUCAACGUUGCAAUUUCCGAAAAUUUCCAGAAAAAGUAGGAUAUGUCAGGGAAUUGAAGCUCAGCUUAAAGUUGAGAGGAAGACUGACAUUAUCAAAAUUCGUAACGAGCAAGAUAGAAGCAAAUGGAAGGUGCGAUCGGGAAGAUAAUAGAAGUUUAUCUGUCGGCUCAAAAACGUGAACUUUUCCUAAUUAAGCUGUGACGGAACACCGGCUUUCUGAGUUAACCCGCCUUUGGAAGCCGCAAGCAAUCGAUCAUGUCGGGAAAGCAGAAAAGGCCCGCCAAGACGCCCUCUCCCAGGCCUUCACGAUCACCUGUGACGACUCCCGGCGCCGAUGCAGAUGAUGCCCGGACGUCGGCAGCGCUCGCAGAAGCUCGGUUGCGCUUCCCGUCCUUUGUUUCGAGCUCUGCGUUUGCCGUACAGGUUACCGAGAUCGAACCGCAGACAAAGUUUCCCGGUGCGAGCAUUUGGGUCUCGGAAUCCGCCAUGAUGUCGUCCAAAUUACGCAGUGGCGUGCUUGUCUCGGUUUCGCUUCCUGCAUUCAAAGAGGACGCUAUAGACGUUUUCCCGCUUGAUUCAUUGUCAAGUGCGUGCGGUGAGCGGUUCAAUCUUGAGGUCGGUGAUGGAUUAGGUGAUGAAGCAGGCAAUCUCUUCGCCCUCGCUACUGUUUUCCCUUCGUCUAAGGUUCCGAAGAAUGGGGCCAAAGUUUCUUGGAGCUUAUCUUGCACCAUUGGCAAUCCUCCCAUUGGAAGAAUUGCAUUUGUCUCUCGUGUUGAAAUACACGAUUAUGAUGGAAAUAUAGGUGAUUUCCAGCCUUCAGGAGCCUCCCACGUCUUGCUUUGCAAAUGCGUGGAUCUUCAUCUUAAGUUUAUUCCUUCAAGGUCUAGCACCGUUGCGGAGAAGCAAAUGGUAUCGUCGGUUGCAGUUGAAUCGAAACGCGGGGAGGAUGGGAGGUUAUUGUCUCCAAAGACGCCGUUGAUUAGGCGAUCGAAACUCCAAUCUUUCGGGUCUCCUUUAUCAGAAGACGUGUCGAACAGAAGUAAGGAGCAUUCAUCGCUUGUGGUCCCCGAACAUGAUAUUUCUAUAGCGAAGAUGGACGCAUCUUCCAUUUCAAGCAUCUUAGAAGAUGAAAAGAUGAAGGAGCUUCUGCAACUUGUUUCACGAAGAUGGUUGCUUUCACGUGUAUUACUACCUGGUAAUCUUGUGUCGAUCCCAAUAUCUGGCCACAUGUGUUUCUUCAGAGUUGAUGCUACGAAUCACCAUUUGGCCUGCAAGACCGGCAAAGAGUUACAUCAUUUUGAUCAUAAUUUGGUAAAAACUGUAUUCUUGGUUGUCUCUGAGACGACUGCCCAUUUAUUUUCGUCUACUCCUGCCUCUAUGUUAGAGAACCGUGAUGUGAGAAGGUCAGAAAAAAGUUCUGACAAGAAACAAGAUAAUGAAAAGGAAGAUUUUUCUAUAUCUAAACUUGGUGGCCUGUCAAAAGAAUUCGAAACCAUACAAGAAAUAAUCAAUUUCUCAUUGAUCAAGCGAGAUACCCUGUCAAGGAUGGGAAUACUGCCAACAAAAGGAAUUCUGCUUCAUGGACCACCUGGUACAGGAAAAACAUCAUUGGCUUGCGCCUGUGUUCAUCAUGCAGGUGUCAAUGUCUUCUGUAUCAAUGGGCCUGAGGUCGUCAGUCAGUACUACGGAGAAAGUGAACAAGCGCUUCAUGCAAUAUUUGAAACUGCAAGACAGGCUGCCCCUUCAGUGGUAUUUAUAGACGAAUUGGAUGCCAUUGCUCCAGCCCGAAAAGAUGCCACUGAAGACCUUUCACAAAGAAUGGUUGCUGCGUUGUUGAACUUGAUGGAUGGGGCUAUGAGAAGUGAUGGUGUCCUUGUAAUUGCUGCAACUAAUCGUCCUGACAGCAUUGAUCCAGCUUUAAGGCGACCAGGAAGGCUUGACCAAGAAAUUGAAAUUGGUGUACCAUCUCCAAAUCAGAGAGGUGAAAUACUGCAUUGCAUUCUCAAAGGAAUGAGCCAUUCACUUCUUGAUUCAGAGAUUGUGUCUCUUGCUUCAAGUACACAUGGAUUUGUGGGUGCUGACCUUGCUGCUCUUUGCAAUGAAGCAGCACUAUGUGCUCUUGACCGUUACAUCAAAUUGAGCAGUACGCAUGGAGGUGGAAAUACUGCUUUGUUUUAUAAGACAGAUCUCGUUUCAUCAUUCUCACACUUGUCUGUUUCAUCACCAUUCUCUUCUGAUGAUGACAAACAACACAUGCAUAAUACUACUCUCGAAAAUGAUUGCUCUGCCAGUGGACGUGCAGAACAGGAAGCUUACCUGGCCAGAGAAUCCUCACUCAGUGUGACCAUUCAUGACUUUGAAAAAGCAAGGGCAAAAGUGAGACCCAGUGCCAUGAGGGAGAUCAUGCUAGAGAUACCUAAGGUUUCCUGGGAUGAUAUUGGUGGACAACAGGAGGUCAAACAACAACUAAUUGAAGCUGUAGUUUGGCCCCAGAGACACCAAGAUGCCUUUAAGCGUAUAGGGGCACCUCCACCAGCAGGUGUUCUGUUGUUUGGGCCCCCAGGUUGCAGUAAAACGCUAAUGGCCAGGGCAGUAGCUUCUGAAGCAAGGCUGAACUUUCUGGCAGUUAAGGGUCCAGAACUCUUCAGCAAGUGGGUUGGUGAAUCUGAAAAGGCUGUUAAGUCAUUAUUUUCCAAGGCGAGAGCAGCUGCUCCAUCAAUCAUAUUUUUUGAUGAAAUUGAUGGUCUUGCUGUUGUUCGUGGUCAUGAUGGUGAUGGGGCAUCAGUUGCUGAUAGAGUGAUAACUCAACUUCUUGUUGAAUUAGACGGUUUGCAUCAGAGGGUUGGUGUGACUGUCAUUGCAGCAACCAAUCGACCAGACAAGAUUGAUUCUGCACUUCUACGUCCAGGACGGUUCGAUAGGUUGCUUUAUGUUGGACCCCCCAAUAAAAAGGACAGGGAAGAUAUAUUCCACAUUCAUCUGCGCAGAAUGCCUUGUAAUUCUGAUGUUAGCAUAUCAGAUCUUGCUGAAUGGACUGAAGGUUUCACUGGAGCAGAUAUCUCCAUGGUCUGCCGUGAAGCAGCCAUUGCUGCAUUAGAGGAGAAUAUUGAUGCAUUGAACGUAUCAAGGUCCAAUUUUGAGACUGCACUUCAAAGAGUGCCUUCUUCAAAGUCGGAGUCAUACCCAGAGUUGUCAAAGAAAUUUCAGAGACUUGUAGCGAGCAUCAGUGUUGGAGAUAGAUGACUCAAGUAAGAUGAUGGUGUGAAUUUUAGAAAAAGAAAUGCUAACAGGAAAAGUCAUUUAUGAAGCUUCUCGGGGAGAUAAUGUCAUUGCACAUGCAUUUCCAUUUGAAAAUACAUGGAAUCUUGGGUCUGUGCAAAUUGUUUCAACUCAGUUGAGCCCAUGCUGGUCUGGACCGCCCAACAAAGUUGCUCAUCAUGUUAAGCUUGGCUGAGAGUCGACAUCUUGACAGGAGCACUGUACUUAGCAAUUGUGGUGGUGGUGUCACUGGUGUGUGAACAGCAUAGGUGGAGGAACCUGAUCAGAGGAGAGAUCACCAAUAUGAAUGCUGUCACUAUGGUUAAACAAAGCAGAUAUGGACAUUGAUUGCUGUCAAAGAAAAGCUCGAACACAGAAAAUUAUUAUUCAGGCUGAGGAAAAUGUGAUUCAAGAGCAGUUUCUUUUGUCUGACAGUUGAGAAUACAUUAUCUCAAGCUAGGAAAAUUAUUGGAAAAGUCACCAUUUAUAAAGUUACAUUAUCUCGACAA